GUCCAGUGCCAGGGGCUUACGCGACUAAGUAUUUCGGUUGAGGUUUAUUUAUCUUCUUUUCGUUUAUUUCAUCCAGAAGCGAUAACGAAGUGUUGAACAGCACACAAACACGUAGCAGGCAUGAAUUCAGGAGCAUCAUGAUGACCAUUUGACUUGCCGCCGCCCGAAGGCACAACUACAACGAACUAUAGACUAUACCAUGGAGCAAGCCCCGCAAAGUUGUUCAAGUUGUGCGCAGAAGUUCCCCUCCUCCCCCUCCUCUCCAUCGUCAGUGACUAGUACUACUGAGCCCCAGUGCAACCGCAAAAUGGUGUUUCAGAACUUCAUCAAACAUCCGGUGUACCAAAACUGCCAGACCAUCCUGGCCCCCAUGGUCCGCGCCAGCACCCUGCCGCUGCGGCAGGUCUGCCGGGACUUCGGCUGCGACAUUUUGUACAAUGAGGAGAUUAUCGACAAGCGCGUCCUCUACGCCCAACGCUUCGAGAACCCGCAUUACCCCGGGCUGGUGGAAUACUUCGUCGGAGCAGAGAAUUUUUGUGCAGAAAGCACAACAGAAAUAAAUGACGCAGAAGCUGCAGCAUUAACGCAGCAGGAGGUCGUGGAAGAAGUAGAAGGCGGUGGACAUCAAGGUCUGCAGAAUUCAAACUCAAACAGUCCAGAAAGGUUGCAGAAAAAUAAUAUCAAAACCCGAGGUGCUGGUGCUCUGGUCCCCUCCUGCUCGCAGAAGCCCAACAACAGCAAUUCGGGCGACAAGAAGAGCAUUUUCCGCACGACGUGGGCCGAAAUUGCGGAGAACAGGACCAUUUUUCAGCUCGGCACGUGCGACAAACACCUCGCGCUGCAAGCCGCGCAAGUAGUCAUCAACGACGUAGCGGGGAUUGACGUCAACAUGGGCUGCCCGAAAAGCUUCAGCGUGAAGGGCGGCAUGGGCGCGGCGCUGCUCGAAAAGCCGGACCUCGCGGCGGAGAUUGUGGGCCACUUGCGGGCGCAUCUGCCGCGGGAGAAGUCCGUUACCUGCAAGAUCCGGCUGGACCCGGAUCUGACGAAAACAAAACGACUCGUGCAAAAGUGCUUGGCAGCCGGCGCAGACGCCGUGGCGAUUCACAUGCGCUUCGUCCCGGAUCGGCCGAAGCAGCCCGCGCGGUGGCCCUUGUUCGGGAAGUUGCUGGCGCUGCUGAAGGCCGAUCUUGGAGGUCCGGGUAAGGAACUAGAGGUGGAACAAGAAGAAGGCCCUCAAAGUUCUUGUCUUCCUCUGAUUGCGAACGGCGAUUUCUUUACCGUAGAGCAGGUCAAUUUGUUCCAAAAAAUGUUUCCGGGGAUUCCGGUCAUGGUUGCUCGGGGCGCGCAGUGGAAUCCUGGCCUGUUCUGGGAGGUGAAGCAUUCACUUUGGAUUGGAGAGUCUACUGUCGCAGACUCCUCGUCAACACAUUCUGCAGCUCCGGGUGCCGUGGCGGGGACCGGUGGCCAACUGUCGACUCCGGUAGGAGAUGUCAACAAACAACCUGCUAUGCACCCUGUAGCCAAUGUGGAUAAAACGGUAGACAGCGCCAGUAGCCUGCGGGUGGUGCCAACGGGCAUUGAUGGUGAUGAGAACGAGAUAGAAGGGACGGAGCCGAAGCGAAGGAGGUUAGAUGAAGCAGGAGCGUUUGGCCGCGUGACAUCAGUGUCAGUUCCGGCCCCCAAAAGUUGCACGGAAAAUGUGAAGGAAAAAAUGAAAACCACUCCCGCUCCACACGGACGCCCGUACCGCAAGCCCACACGCGAGGACUGCUUUCGUCUUUACCUGCAGAAAGGCAUCGACUGCGGCGCUUCGUUGCAGGAAAUCAAGUGGAAUUUGCAGGAAAUUCUGGUGAAAGAGACCAAUUGUGUUUUUCAACUCCCACAGAGGCAGUGCAUGCAAAAGCUGCAGGGCGCCAAGUCCGUGCAUGAUCUGGUCGAUAUGACGCACGAGCACGCCACGGAAUGUCUACUCGAAGAGAUCAAAACGAAUGCAGAAACUGCGGCCGCCAGCGGUGUAACAAGUUCGACAUCUUGUCCGUUUCUUUCAGAAGUAAGAUACGACAAGAGCGAACAUCCGGAAAAAGCGCACACCAUCGCCUACAUGAAGGAAGUUCUGUAUGAGUACUUGUCCGAGCUGAACAUGGAAAGAAGGAAGUUUUUAGUAGAAGCGGCACAAACAACAUCAUUAGUCGAGCCGGUUCUACUAUCUGUCGUUGAAACAUCGUCGAGAACAAACGCAACGAAAGUAGAGCAGUGCGGGGCGUAAGAAACGUCGUAGCCGAUAAUUCGUUUUUGACAACAGCACGAUUUUUCCAUUGAUGUAAAAU